AUGGCGCCAGCGAGACCUGGAGGCCGUGUGCUGCUGCUGCUCUGGGCAGCGGCACGGCUCUGCUGGGGCCGUACGGACACUUGGUACAACGACUACGGAUCAGACAUUCGCCAGACUGUGGGCAUCGCCAGCAGCACCAGCCAAAUUUCGAUGUUUCGUUGCGUUCAACACUGCGCAAUUUUUGCAAAGUGCUACGCCGUCAACUACAACCGCCAAACUCAGGAGUGCGAGACGCUGCAAUUGACCCGCGGCAGAAACCCUGUACCCAGCCCCACUCCAGCGUCAGGGUGGAAACACUUGGCAGCCAUGUCGUACCUGGACGACCCUUGCUCAUACGACCCGUGCGAGCCCGCCUCCGUGUGCCUCACGUAUUCCCGCCGACCUGGAGAUCCUGUGAGGACCCGACGUCGCCUCUACACCUGCUCCAGUCACUGGUACCUCAUCAACAAACGGGCCCAAGGCCACACCAACUGCUCCUUCUCACAACUGAUCAACGUGGACUUCGGGUCUUACGACGUGGUCGGUUGGGACCCCAAGACGAUGUAUUACGCCGACAUGAUGAACCACUGCAACGGCGCCUACUACACCUGCCUCGGGCUCAUCAGUAAAGCUGUUGAUUCUCAGCAGUGGUUCAAAACUGAGACGCAUCUCACUCAGACCUGGAAGACUCCGACUUUUGAGAAGGGCACGGUCUUCUUCGUUGGUGAUUGUAACUGACUGACUCAUUUAACAGACAAACGUGAACUGAAUAAAUUCUUAGAUUAAUUCACCAUAAAAUAAAUUCAUAGUGAUUUGUAUCCAUACUCAAAAUCAUGGUUUGAAUGGGUUCGAAGACAGAUACUGUAUCUCGACAGAAAAUUUUGAUGUCUAAUAUACGUAUAUACCAUAGACGGUAAGAGAUGUAGAGUGCGAGUAGAAAAUAAAGAAAUCUGUAGAGAAAUCUGUAAUCACAAGUUAGUUUUUUGUCGCUAAACAUCACUAAAAGCUGUAUUUUCAAUCAAUCUAAAGAGGUUAAUUUGAAGGCUGUUAAUUUGAAGGCUAAGGUAGUUCCGGCGACGAAUUUUAGAUAUUGGCACUUCGCCAACCGUGGGUUGGGAACUGUUGUUCGGACUGAGGUUAUUGUGAUUCCUGACAUUGGUCAGAAGUCUGCUGACAUGACACUUGAAAGCUGGAGGCGCUGAAGACUGUGAAAUGCAGACAAGCGGCGAACAAUAGAUCCAUCAGAUGCGGCCGAGAAUCGGGUAAUUAAGGGAUUUUGAGAGCAGAUGGAUAAAUAUAAUACCUCUAUAUAUCACUUUUUCCGAUUAUAACCCCAACCAUUCAUAUUAUAUCAACUUUAGGCACUUGAUCUGUAGCGUUCACAUAAGAUAUACUCGUUGUUUGCGUUCAAAUAUUCAGCGAUUACGCCUUCUAUAUCAUAUUAAACCUGUCGAUCGCAUCAUGCAGGAUUCAGGGUUGAAAGCUUAUACCUCGAAAAAUAUCUAACGCAGAGAUUGUGGAAGGAUUGAAGAAGGUGAAUCAAUCAUUUAUUCGAUAUAAAUAAUCACUUCGCACUCAACAUCAACUCAAUAGAAUAGAAUAGAAGUGUCGGCGUUGAAGAAAUAGGCCCAU